GAUGGCACUAGAUGAAACUCUAUUCGGGUAUCCAAUUUAUCCAAAAUUUAAGCUCGGCGAGCCUAGAUUUCCCCAGGAUACUUUUUUGGGAAGAUAUCUACAUUGCUUAGAUGUCAUUGAUCCAAGAACUCUAUUUGCGUCUAAUAAAAAGUUGGAAGAAUCACUAGAACUUCUGAAUAGCUUCAAAGCUGGAACCGCCACGAAUGUACCUGAUAAAUCACUUUGGGAAGCACAAAAAUUGAAAUCGGCAAUUCUUCAUCCGGAUACAGGUGAAAAAGUUCUUCCACCAUUUCGUAUGAGUGGAUUUGUACCAUUUGGCUGGAUAACUGUAACUGGAAUGUUACUUCCAAAUCCAUCAUGGCCAACUCUUCUUUUUUGGCAAUGGAUGAAUCAAUCACAUAAUGCAUGUGUUAAUUAUGCCAAUCGAAAUGCAACUCAACCACAGCCUUUAUCAAAAUAUAUUGGAGCAUAUGGUGCAGCUGUAACUGCUGCUUGCUCAAUUUCUGGUGGAUUGACUUACUUCAUCAAGAAAGCUUCAUCGUUGCCACCAACUACACGAAUCAUCAUUCAGAGAUUUGUUCCACUUCCUGCCACGUCACUUGCAUCGUCACUCAACGUCAUCUGCAUGCGCUGGAAUGAGUUGGAAACUGGAAUUCAAGUGUACGAGAAGGAUACAGGAAAAGUUGUUGGAGUAUCAAAAGUAGCUGCAAAACAAGCAGUAACUGAUACAACAAUGGUUCGAGCAUUCCUUCCAGUUCCACUUCUUUUGAUGCCUCCGUGUAUUAUGCCGUACCUGGAAAGAUUCAAAUGGGUAACAAAAACCCAAGUCCGUCACAUAUUUGUCAAUGCAAUAGUUUGUACACUAUCCUUUGCCGUCAGUUUACCAGUUGCAUUGGCGUUAUUCCCACAGGAAAGCGCUAUUUCUCGUGAACAAUUGGAGCCGGAGCUUCAACAAAAAACCAAAAACUCUCUACUUUACUACAAUAAGGGGCUGUGAUUUUGUUCAUAUCAAAAUAAAAAACAUUCAAUUUUCCACCUGUUUGAUUAAUUUCUUUUGCUGUCAUUUCAGUUAAGAUUCAGAUUGCCGCAAAGUCUGCUAAUAUUGAUUUAAUUAUCUUUUAAAUGUUAAUUCAAUACCAUAAAAUAUCAAAUAAUG